AUGGAUGGUGACGGUCAGCAAAGAAAGAAAUAUGAUAUUUCUGACUAUCAGACGGCCUCUGGCGUCGGACAACAUGCUAUUCGCCAUUCAUCUAGUAGUUCCGCAGACCGUUUCAGACAACAGCAACAGCCAGGACCGUCUCGAGGAGCUACUGCUGUUGGGGAAGUGAUGCCACAAGACCGGGCUUCCAACCUUCCUCCUUAUGGUGGCUACGGAUACACAGAAUCACAAUCAUAUAGUGUUUCAUCUCUUCAGGGAGGGACUUCGCAGAGUGGUGGGCUGCAGGACCAGCCAAAUUUCUCCUCGUUUUCUAGAAGCCAACAUCAAUAUCAGCAACCGCAGAGGUUGUCCCAAUAUGAGAGCGACAUGGCAUUCAAUAUCACCCCGCAAGCUCACCCACAUUCACCGUAUGGAACCGUGUCACACUAUCAACCGCGGAAUUCUGCAGCUAUCGAAGCGUUGGCAACUCAGUUUAACGUUCCACAAUAUUUCCAAGCGGAAAUGCCGGCAGCUGCAGGAGUACCAAACCAGUACUUAACUGCUGGGCAAAUUCAUUCUACCUCUUACCCUCAGCCGACUUCCCCCACCCGCGCGACUACAGCAACCACAUUACCCGAAAUUAUGAGUGAUUUCCACACUCCAUCAGCCACAGAGGCACUCGGUCAUCCGGAAUUCCCACGCGAAUCAUCGUCUGGUUUUGAUGACGCAUAUAACCAGUACCAGCAUACCUUAAGGCAAACGUUUGCAAGUGUCCAAUCUGGAAGACUGAUGGAGGCAAGUAAUUCGUUAUUAGAGAUAUCAGUGUGGCUCCUGGGAAAUGCAAUCGAGCUCGGUCUUACCAGCGACGAAGAAGAAUUACAUUCAGAUCGAAUCAAACUCUGGAAUGAGUUUAAUACCUGCUGGCUUGCCGUAUGUCAAAAGCAGAAGGAUAUAACACAGGCUGUGCUCGAUUCGGGUAUCCCGUCCCAGAACCUUUUAACAGAGGAUGUUCUGAACAGGAUGGGGAGGGAGUUGGUUCGCAUGUGUGAUCGAUUGGAACAGCAUGGCCUUGUUGAUUAUCAAAUGGGUGUGUGGGAGGAAGAAAUUUUAAGUGUUUUGGGCCAGUGCCUUGACCUCCUUGAAAGGAAUGAGAACAACCCUGCAAUAGGAAUCUCCAUCAGGAGGACAACUGCCUCAGAAACUCAACGAUGA